GAUUUCAUUAGGCUGCCGUGAAGGGCAUAGAAGUACUGCGAUACCCAUCGUGCCUAUCAAUGGCCCCUAAUUAGAUUUCAGAUGGGACGUUGUCAUUUCCAGCCCAUCGUCUUGAAAAUCAAAUCAUGUCAUUGGGAUCAUAUUUUGAAGGAAUACAGGCUCUCUCUCCCCCCCGCCCUCUAGCCAGAAUGGUCGGGAGGCCAUGUGUCGCUGUUCAUUACCAUCACUGGCUGAUAAAGCCUUUUGGAGAAGAUUUAAAUCCCCGCUAAAGAGCAUUAGUUGACAAGGAAGGCGCCUGCAAACAAGCAUGGCACAGGCCUUGGAGGUGCCAAACAGUGAAGAACUGACUCCUAACUAAAGGCGCACUAAAAGUCGCACAGCAACAGCUCAUCCCACCAAUCUGUCAACAGGCUACACGAUGGAAAUCAUGGAUACGCAGCAUGCCUUGGAGGCUGUGGGGAGACUACAAGCUAAACUGAAGGAGCGGGGGGAGGCCCCCACACAGGAGAAACUCUCCCUGCUGAAGACCGUCCUGCAGAGCCCCCUGUUCCACCACAUACUCAGCUUACAGCAAGCUAAGCGGAAGCCCCUGGCGAAGGGGAAGGGCAUUUCCAAAUCUGUAUCCAUGAACUGUGGACCAUGCCCAGGCGUACCAGUGGGGUUGAAGACUCUGUGUCACAGUGACUCUUACACAUGGGCCAUGGAGAACAGAUCCUCCCACAGGGAGGGCAGCAUGUCUUCCCUGGGCUCGCAGGAUCUGUCCUUCUCGGACAUCUAUCCCAACAACUGCACUCACACCGAAUCGCAGUACUGCACUCCCCCUCGGAUCUCCCGCACCAUGUCCAUGGGCAGAAACCUGGCUGCUAUUGCUCACGAGAGGCGUCAUGUGGAGAUGAUUGAGCUGACCAAUGACGGGAAGGGCCUUGGCUUUGGCAUCAUAGGAGGGCGGAGCACAGGAGUUAUGGUCAAGACCAUCCUACCUGGAGGAGCUGCCGGCCGGGAUAAACGCCUGCGUAGUGGAGAUCAGAUCCUGCGCAUCGGAGACACAGACCUGGCGGGCAUGAACAGUGAGCAGGUGGCACAGGUGCUGCGAAAUGCUGGUACCAAGGUGAAGCUGCUCAUUGCCAGGGAUAUCACCAAGGACAACCACCUAUCCUCACCUGCCCUCAGCCAGGACAGCUUGGAUGGCAAGCUCAAUGACUUCAAUGAUGAGUAUGAGUUCAGUGUGCAGUUCACUAAAAACAGCCGGGGCCUGGGAUUCACCAUCUCUAGCUACAUAGGUGACCUCAAUUCAGUGUACAGUGCCGGUGUGAUGGUGAAGAGCAUUGUGAAAGGCAGCGCUAUUGAUCAAGAUGGACGCAUCCACAUUGGAGAUAUUAUACUAUCUGUAGAUGGCGUGAGCAUGCAUGGCUGCAGUGAGCAGAGGGCAAUGGAGGUGCUGAGGAGGACGGGGCCCCUGGUCAGACUGAGGUUGCUGAGGAAAUCCGUCCGUCUGAGUCACAUCCUGCCGCCGGUUCCUCCCCUGCAGCCGCUCCGACACUCCCACAGCUUCCACGAGGGGAAUCCCUACAGAGUGGCCCUCAACAGGAUUCAAGAGACAGGAAUCUGCUCCCUGCGUGAGAUCUCCCGGCGAGCAGCAUACGCCAACAGACGACCCCGACAUGAUUUCAGAAAUGGCGGGAAACUGAUGCCAGCUGAAGAGGAGUACCUGAGGAAGAGGUGGCAGCAUGCGGUUGGACCCCGAUAUGAAGUUAUUGUGUGUCAGCUGGAGCGGUUCAGCGAGACAAGUGGACUGGGCAUCAGCCUGGAGGCUCGGGCAGGACAUCAUUACCUGUGCUCCGUCUUACCUGAGGGGCCCAUUGGCCAAAGUGAUAAGAUCUUCACUGGAGACCAGAUAUUGGAGGUGAAUGGGAUCCCUCUCAUUGGAGAGACACAUAAGGAGGUGGUCAAUCUUCUGAAGGAGCUGCCGAUCCAUGUAUGUCUGGUGUGCUCUCGAGUUGUCCCCCCUUCAAUUCCAAACAGUGAUGAGGAAGAUGAUAAUGAAGUCCACCUCACCCUGAAAGAGCUGCUGGCUGAGUUCAAUGACAAGUUGGACCAGGGCUGUGUCAUCCCCUGUCCUACGGCUGAGGACAUCACCAAGCGUGGCGUACCACCCAUGUCACCUCCUUUGGCCAUGUGGGAGAGAGAGGCUCAGGUGGUCGAGCUGGAGAAAGGCGAGUCGGGACUGGGCUUCAGUAUCCUGGACUACCAGGAUCCAGAAGAUGUCACUAAAACAGUGCUGGUCAUCCGCUCCUUGGUGCCUGGGGGUGUAGCAGAUCAAGAUGGUCGCCUGCUGCCCGGCGACCGACUCAUGUUUGUCAAUGAUACCGACCUGGAAGGUUCCAGCCUGGAUUAUGCUGUGUAUGUCCUUAAAUCCACUGGUUAUGGCCCUGUCCGCGUCGGUGUUGCCAAACCCCUGCCGCUGGAACUGUGUGGCGGCUUGACGCCCAUCUCAGAGAGGAGCGUGCGGGUUUCCUGCGAUGACACCGAGAAUCACACUCAGGCCGGCCUGCUAGCUGAAGCGGCCGAGGCUUUCGCCAACACUUACCACUCUGAGGACAACAGCUUCGGCCAGCAGUGUUACAAAAGAACGGAAAACCAGCCACGUUAUCGCUUCGGCAUCAUGGACAACGACAGGCAGCAAGCCCCUCCUCCGCCUCCCCGCACCAGCUUUGAGAAGACAAUCACUGUUGUCCGGGGCAACCGUAGCCUUGGGAUGUCGGUGAGUGCUAUCAAGGACGGCUCAGGCAUGCUGGUGCGCAGUGUGGUCCAGGGGGGCUCUGUUAGCCAGGAUGGCAGGCUGGGGGUGGGGGACGCCAUCUUGGCCCUCAACGGAGAACCUACCUCCAACCUGACAAACGCCAAGGCCAGGGCCACGCUCCGCAGACACUCUGUCAUAGGGCCAGAAAUGAGUGUAACCUAUGUCCCAGCCCAGCAGGUGGACGAACACCGUAUCCGUCUGUGUUUGCCCCCUCUGGCGUCCAUCGAGGCCGACAGCGCCUCUUCCUCGCCCACCCCACCGACACCCUCUCCAGAACCUGCAUCGGCCCCAUCCAGACCCCUCAGUCCAGUCAAAGCUCCAGCUCCAACUCCUGCUUCAUCCACCCGCACACCCUCCGCCUCGGUCAGAUUUAAAACUGCUGCUCCACAUCCAGCCUCAGUCAGAGUCUCUGCUUCGCUUAAAGCUCCAUUCAAGGGCCCAGCCGUAGUUCCCACCAUCACCCCGGCCCCAGACUCAAGCGUUCAGCUGACGCGAGCACCAGGCCAAUCCCUAGGUAUCAGCAUAAUGGGAGGCAGAGGCAUGGGCCGCAGACUGAGCAGUGGAGAGAUGAUGAGGGGAGUCUUCAUCAAGCACAUCAGCCCCGACAGCCCGGCAGCAGAUAAUGGCACCCUCCGGACUGGAGACAGGAUACUGGAAGUUUGUGGUGUGGACUUACGAGACGCCAGCCAUGAGCAGGCAGUGGAGGCCAUCCGCAGGGCUGGAGACACUGUGGUCUUCCUGGUCCAGUCGGGACAACACAGAUCUCAGUCUCCGAUACUCACCAACCAUGAAAGACAAACUCCAAUGUCGCAACCCAAUUCACACGGCAACAAGGAAGCAGAGUCCUGCGGUGGUUUGUUCCUUAGUCUCUCCCCUUCAAACCCCUUCAUUCCCACCCCCUUUAAGGUACCUUCGCCGGCAUCCGAGAGAAAGGAUCGAAGGAGCACCGUGACUGUCACAGCACCUAUCGCAGCAGCAGCAGCAGCUGCAGACGGGGGCGACAGGGGCAGGAAAAAGAUGCUGCAGCGCUACGGCAGCCUGUCAGGGAAGCUCCACAUGAUUGAGCUGGAGAAGGACCCCGCCGCUCACGGCCUGGGAAUCAGUCUCACGGGGAACAAGGACGGCUCCAGGGCCCGCAUGAGCGUCUUUGUGGCAGAUAUAGACCCUCAAGGUCCCGCCGGUUUAGAUGGAAGGAUACGGGUUGGAGACGAGCUACUGGAGAUCAAUGGUCAGAUCUUGUACGGUCGCAGUCACCAGAAUGCCUCCACCAUCAUCAACAGCGCUCCAUCUAAAGUCAAGAUUAUUCUCAUCAGGAAUAAAGCUCAGAGUCAAAAGGCCCAGGAAUCCAGAUCAGAGUGUGAGGACACGGUCGACUCCCAGAUAGACUCUGCAGAACGUGGAGCGUUGUCCAGCGACAUCCAGCAUGUCAUCCUACCUCAGGAUCAUGCAGGUCUUGGCCUCUGCCUGGCAGAAGAUGACUCUAAGGAUGGAGUGGUGGUCAGGUCUCUGGUCCAGCACGGCACAGCUAGUAAGGAUGGCAGGAUAAUGACUGGAGACACAAUCAUAGCAGUGGGGGAUGAACAUGUAGCUGGAAUGUCAGUGGAAAAGGUGUCCAGUUUGAUUCUCAAACAUCGGGUCACUGUCAAGCUCUCCAUCAGCCGCUCCAGCAGUCUCUCCCCCUCCUCCUCCACUCAACCUCUCCCCUCACCCCUCUCCCAACCCUGCUCCACCUCUCCCGUACCGUCCCAAACCCUCCCCGUUUCCUCCUCCUCCUCUUCAUCCCUCAAAACCACACACACCUCUACCGCAGGACAGUCUGAUUGGCUGGGAGCUGCGCCCACGACGUCUGACCCUGUGAGCUGCCCGGUCGUAGCGGGCAGGGAAACCACGAUAGAGAUCUGCAAAGGGAGCGUGGGCCUGGGCCUCAGCAUUGUGGGAGGAUGUGACACUCUGCUGGGGGCAGUAGUAAUCCAUGAAGUGAAUGAUGGAGGAGCAGCACAGAGAGAUGGAAGGCUGCAGGCUGGAGACCAGAUAUUAGAGGUAAACGGCAUAGACCUGCGGCAGGCUACUCACGACGAAGCUAUUGGCGUGCUGCGGCUCACCACCCAACGUGUUUGCCUGCGCGUCUUCAGGCACCAGGAGGCGUACAGGGAGGAGGACCUGUGGGACGUCUUUAGCAUGGAGCUCAGGCCUCGUCCUGGAGAGGAGCUCGGGUUCACCACAGUGGGGAAAAGUAAUGACACGGGCAUCUUUGUAUCAGAUAUCAUCAGAGGAGGCGUAGCAGAUUCAGAUGGCAGUUUGUUGCUAGGUGACCAGAUCCUGUCAAUCAACGAGGAGGAUGUGCGCGCGGCGUCACAGGAACACGCACAGAAGCUGCUGCAGAGUUACAGUGGAGUGGUUCAUCUGGAGGUGGCUCGUUUUAAAGCGGGGGUGCAGUACUCACAGCGGAGCCAGAGCGAAGACUCCGACUGCUCCACCCUGACGCCCUCGAGUGGAGGUGAUGCUUCCGCCGGCCACCAGAGGGAGUCAAAUAACAAAGCAGGGAGCUGUAGUGAGUGGCAGUCAGCAUUUCAAGACUUCCCUGACGUCAGAAAAGUAAUAAUACAAAAGGAUCCAUGUGACUCCCUGGGCAUCAGUGUAGCAGGAGGAGUGGGCAGUCCCCAUGGCAACGUACCUCUUUUUAUUGCUACCAUGGAUACCAAUGGACUGGCUGCCAAAACACAGCUAUUACAGACAGGAGACAAGCUCCUCAGUAUCAAUGACGUGUCCACGGAGGGAAUGACCCACGUCCAGGCCGGAGCCCUGCUGAAGAACGCCACUGGAACCGUCAGCCUGCAGGUGGCAGAAGGUUCAGGUGUGUGCAGCACAAAGGACGACAGUGAUGCCCGUGCGCGGUCGUCAGGCCAACCCAGCAGCCUGCCCUGCUCCCACAACAACCUCUGCGCCCGCAUGUAUAAGACCAUCACCCUGGAGAGAGGCUCCUCGGGCCUGGGCUUCAGCAUCGUGGGAGGGUUCGGCAGUCCUCACGGAGACCUGCCCAUCUACAUCAAAACCGUCUUCAACAAGGGGGCGGCCAUAGCUGACGGCCGGCUGAAACGUGGGGAUCAGAUCAUCGCCGUGAACGGACACUGCCUGGAGGGGGUGACUCACGCUGAAGCUGUGGACAUCCUCAAGAAGACCAAGGGAAGCGUAGUGCUCACUGUUCUCUCCUGAGAUACAGUGUGAGUCAUUAUGUCCCAUUUUGAUUAUGUCUUACAGCAAAGUAGCCCCCGAGGUGAUGUAGGUUCACACGGACCUGAGAAGACAAACGUGGAGGGUUUAAGUGAUGUAGUUUUGUUUAAAGAGUAGAUACUGUGAGUUUAUCUGUGUUUAGUUUGGGGAUGCUACCUCUAACUGCAAACACACAGUAUUCCUAAUAUAAACUCAUUCCUGUCAAGGUGUCAUUUCAACUAAUGUGUUUAUUUUAUAAGUCUUCAUAUCAUUAAAUAUCUCUAUAUUUAUAAAAAAUAUUUAAAUUAAUAGUUUAACGAUACUCGUAUAUUAUAAAGAAGACAAUACCACAGCGUCCCAAUCAUAAACUGUAUAUAAAGAUAGACGACAUGACAGCUUCCCAAAAGUGAAGUCAAGGUGUCUCACUCGCCCCCUUGUGGAUGGCUGCUGUAUAGGUCAUAAAUCCUGCCCUGUCCAUUGUAGUGGAUGAGACAUGGACCAAACUAAGUAGUCAAAGUGCAUAGUCAUCAAAUACAUUUUCCUCAAAGAUGGUUUAUGUUAUUGUAGAUAAUUCUUAUCACACUGAUGUUUGUUCAAAACUCGUCCCAAGUCAAGGUCGCUGUGACUCACAAAGGCAUUUUUUUGCCGUGUGAGCAAGAUAUUUCUAAAUUGUCCUGAGGGGAUUUCUUCAAAUUUGUUACAAAUGUUCACUUAGACUCAAAAAUGAACUGAUUCAAUUUUCAAAGGUCAAUGAUCAAGGUCGCAGUGACUUCAUGAGCUUGUGAACCUGAUAUAUCAGGAUCACCCGUAGGGAAUUUCACUACGUCUGAAACAAUCAUUCACUUGGCCUCAAGGAUGACCUGAUUAGAACUUAGAGGUCAAAGUUUGUGUUGCGUCAUCCAUCUUUAUAUUCAGUCUAUGGUCACAAUCAAUAAUGAAGAUAUGUGUCUUAGUCAGUCCUGUUCAUUGCAUUGAUUUGUGUCAUUUCCCAUGUAAACACAUAAAUAAAUCAACAUCCACAAACCUCUGAAACUGACAAAUGAAAGCAGUGGAAACAUCUGACAUGUGACAUGUUUUCACUGCUGUCUCCAGACUCCUGUUCAUUAUUCAGAGUCAACUCCUGAGAUCGACUCCCAACACCCACACCAUGCCAAGUGCUUCUGCCAAUCUUUUGUAUGGCAAUACAGUUUUAGGACAUUUGCUUUGUAGGCCUGUUUUACUUGUUAUUCCUCAUCCUCAUAUUCUGAUCAUUCAGAAUGUGUCACGAUUCCUUGGAUUACUGUAUUAGAUGACGUGUUUAUACUUUAACCACCUUGUGCAGAACAGGAGACAACUCAUUUUGUCACAUCUGUAAAAGCAGCUGUUGAAUCCACUUUGAAUAUCAUCUGUAAGACUAACUCUGAUUUAUUUACUGGUUCAUUAUUUAUUACUGUCUGCACAUUAGUACAUUUGAUCAGUUGUUGUUUUUUUUAGGACCAGAUGGGAGUAUUGUUGUAGCAUAAUGUGCAAUCUUUGUUUAGAAACCUCCUCAUACCUGUUUUAUAUGAUUUUAUAUAUACCAUGAUAAUUAUAUUUAUGUUUUCUUAACUGUCAUUCAUUUUAUUUCAUUUACGCGAGUAGUCCUCAGCCUCAGCCCACACUCAUCUGUGUCUGGUAUUGUGCAACACUGUAUGUACUGUCAGUGAUCUUAUUAAAUGUUGAUUUGUUAGAG